AUGUCUUCACCAAAUCAACCGACAUGCACACCGGGCACCCACUGGUGGGACACCAUUAAUUGUGGUUCUGGGUCUGCGUUGAACAACACUGGCACUUCCAUCAAUGCGCUGCUGGCAGCCAUUGCUACUGGUGCUAUUGCGUUUGCCGUACAAGUGCUCAUUUUCCUGCUCCUGAGGCUCCGACUAUCACGAAUCUACCGACCACGAUCGUACCUGGUUCCCGAGCGCGAACGAGUGCCUCCUCCACCACCUGGCAUCGUGCGAUGGCUUUACCCGCUGUUCACCACGCCGAAUUUGGCGUUCAUACAGAAGUGCGGUCUGGACGCAUACUUCUUCUUAAGAUACCUACGCAUGCUGCUCAAGUUCUUCUUGCCAGUGGCCGUCAUUGUCUUACCCAUCAUGCUACCCUUAAAUCGAUAUUCCGGCCCUACUAAUAACGUUCAUGGCCUGGAUCUCUUGUCGAUCUCGAAUAUCAACCCGGAGCAUAUGGGCCAUAGGCUCUGGGCUCAGCUAGUCAUGGCCAUUACCGUCACCGUCUGGUUCGGCUACAUCGUGUACAAGGAGCUGCGAGGCUAUAUCAGAGUCCGGCAAGCCUACCUGACGUCACCUCAACAUCGCAUCCGAGCGUCAGCCACGACCGUGCUUGUUACUGGCAUACCACGCAAAUGGCUAACGCUGGAGGCCCUGGAUGGUCUGUACGAUGUAUUCCCUGGCGGCAUAAAAAACAUCUGGAUCAAUCGCAACUUCGACGAGUUGUCGAACAAAGUACAGCUGCGCGAUAAUUACGCGAGAAAUUUGGAGGGUGCGGAGACCGAUCUGAUCAAGAAGUGUCGCAAGGCAUAUGAGAAGAAGGCAGAAGAGAAGCGGAAGAAGGAGGGUGCGAAGAAGCAGAGCAAGCAAGAAUUGAAGGAGAAGCGGGCCGAGGGUGACGCUGUGGCAGAGCAGCUGGCUCAUGGCGAGGGUGUGAGCGCAGGCGAUCAGCAUGCCACGCAUCAUGGGCUGCAGGAUAUCCUAUACGAAGAAGCAGAGCGUGAGGAUCAAGAACAAGAGAAGGAGAGGGAGAAGCAGAAGAAGCGUGGUCAUGGUCUAGGCUUCGUAGGCGAUGGCCUGGACAAAGUAGGCCUAGGCGCUGUCAACCAGGGGCUGGGUGCGGUUGGUCAUGGCAUCGGUGCUUUUGGUAAGAAUGUGGGCAUGUUUGGACAACGUGUGGCUGGUGAUGUUGACACCGGUAUCCGCAAUGUUGGUCGAGAUUUCGACACCGCCACGGCUGCCGCCAAUGAUGGCCAAGGUUUUGUGACGAACGAUGAACUGUAUCGCCAAUCCAUUCUUAGCAUGAGUGAUGUGGCUCCCACCCCACCUCCAAAGACACCAGCAGAGGAGCGCCAAGCGAGGUUGCAGAAUGACACAGAUAUCGGGCGGGGCAUGCGACCUGUGACACGAGAAGGCCGGACAGAUGACAGGAGCACCAGAGAUAAUCAAGCUCCACUUGUCUCAGCUUUGCAUUUUCAAGGAGAUGCUGCUAGAGACACGCUCCAACAGAAGCAACAUCCUUUUGCCGCGCCCCCAGCUAUUCCCGGCGAACUGUCUCAGGGCUCGCCUGAUAGUGAGAGAACCUUAGGCCGACCCGACAUUCAGACGACAAGGCCGUCGGUGGAGUCAAAGCCUCGCUCCCAGAUGGAAAUUGACGAUAGUGCACUACGGCCAAAGCAGCUCACCUGGAAGCUGUGGAAGAAUAAGGACAUGUCCCUUGGCAUGCCAUCCCCUCAGCCACACACAGCUGAUGAGGACGAAUUCCCACUGAACGCGAGUGUCGUGCACAGUGACAUGGACAAGCCCAAGCUGAAGGAGAACAACGAGUUGUCUGCCAGUAAAUUUGUCGAACAAUUCUCAUUCUGGAAGAAGAACAAACACGAAGUGAAAGAAGUGUACCCGCGAGCAUUCGACGAUAAGUGGGACGAAGAUAAAGACGAAGAACCACGCUGGCGUCACUUCAUCGAGUCUAAGGAUCGCGACACUCUUCGCAUGCCACUCGUAGAUCAAGCUUGGUUUCCCUCCCUCCCUUUCCUCGGCAAGAAGAUCGACAAGGUAUAUUUCCUGCGAAGAGAGCUGGCCCGCCUGAACCUGGAGAUCGAGGCCGACCAAAACGACGUCGAGAAGUUUCCCUUCAUGAACAGCGCUUUCAUACAGUUCAACCAUCAAGUCGCGGCCCACAUGGCAUGUCAGUCUCUCUCGCACCACGUACCCCAACAAAUGGCGCCUCGACUUCUGGAAAUCAGUCCUGAUGAUGUGUUGUGGGACAACAUGUCAAUCAAGUGGUGGGAGCGCUAUAUCCGGACCGGUUUCGUGCUGGUAGUUUGUGCUGCCUUGAUCAUCCUCUAUGCCAUUCCGGUCACCUUCACCUCCCUCUUAGCCCAUCUGGAUACGCUGGCUAAAUCGUAUUCAUGGAUGGCUUGGGCCGGAACACUGCCUACUGUAGCGAAAUCUAUCAUCCAGGGUGCGUUGCCGCCACUGUUGCUUAACUUGAUCUUGCUAUUGGUGCCGAUCAUUUUCAGAGCUCUGGUUAAGCAGCAGGGUGUGGCUACUGGAAACCAGAAAGAGCUGGGUGUCCAGACCUGGUACUUUGCUUUCUUAUUCAUCCAGGUCUUCUUCGUCGUUACCCUCUCGUCUGGUCUCACCCAAUUCUUCCAGCAGCUUGGUACACAGCCAGGUCAGGUGGUCAAGUCGCUAUCACAGAGUCUGCCGAAGGCUGCUGACUACUUCUUCCAAUAUCUCCUCAUUCAAGGCCUUGGAAAUUCUGCUUCUGCACUGCUGCAAGCUGGCACGCUCUUCUCUUGGUUCAUCCUCGCCUUCUUCCUAGACAACACGCCGCGACAGAAAUGGGCUCGGCAGACGACUCUCAAUAACAUCCAGUGGGGCUCUUUCUUUCCGGCAUUCACAAAUUUCGCUGUCAUUGGCAUUAUCUACUCUGUCAUCGCGCCUUUCAUUCUGGUCUUCAUGAUCAUCAUCUUCGGACUGUUCUGGGUCGUUUACAGAUACAACGUCCUAUAUGUAUAUCAGUUUCGUAACGACACUGGAGGUCUUCUAUUCCCGACUGCCGUCAAUCAGCUGUUCGUCGGAAUCUACUUCAUGGAAGUUGCACUUGCCGGCUAUUUCUUCAUCGCUCAAGGACCGGCCGGAAACGCAGCCGCCAUCCCGCAAGGUGCCAUCAUGAUUGUGGCUGUGAUCUUCACCAUACUGUAUCAGUGGCAGCUCAACCAGACUUUUGCUCCGCUGUUCCAAUUUCUGCCGAUCACGCUUGAAGACGAAGCUGUUAUCCGUGAUGAGCAGUUCGCGAAAACGCAAGCGAGCAGGUUCGCUCCUUUGAACGGACGAGAGGUCCAGCCUGAAGACGAGCGAGACAUACAGGAUGUGCUCGAAGACCAAGAGCAAGCUGAGGAGAAUGCAGACGAAGCUAUGGAGCGACGAGACACGGACCAAGCUGCUCGGCAUCGACACUCCUCGCACAUGGACAAUCAAGAAGGUCAAGCUACAGCUCCUGCCACACCCCGAACGCAUAAGAGCGAUUGGGCGCACAAGCAGUCUCCGCGACAACCGAACAGUCCUAGCUGGAAGACGGAUCGCUGGCGCAAUGCUGCUCCUCAAGCAGUGGAUCAUAUGCGCUAUUUGGCUGAAGGCAAACGUGCCGAACAAUCAGCCACCGUCGAGGUGUCACCAAAUACAGAGUCCAAGAAACAGAUUGGCGAUGUCGAAGCACAGCAUACAGUAGGCGACGUCCUCUUCUCUGGCUUCGCGGAUGAACUAGAAGACCUGACGUCAGAAGAACGUGACCUUCUCGUCCGCUACGCUUUCCAGCACUCUGCGCUGCGAGCCAAACGUCCUGUCGUCUGGAUUCCACGUGAUAAUCUUGGCGUGAGCGACGAUGAGAUCAAGCGUGCGCAGAAGAUGAGCACGGUCAGUGUUCCUGCGUCGUUGAAUGAGAAGGACCGUGACAGCGGUAGCAUGGUGGAGAAGACGAAUAUUUGGAUGUCGAAUGAGGGUACUGCGUUGGACGGUAAAGACUUCAGUAAUGUUGAUCUUAUUGCUUUGUGA